GCCGCAAAAUAUGGCCACGUAAACAUCGUUCAUGCCCUCUUGGAUCUAGGAACAGAUAUAGAUUAUCCCGUUGGCGUUCAUGGCGAAACACCGCUCAUAAUCGCUAUCCGUGAAGGGCACUUGCCUGUCGUCCGAAUGUUACUCGAAAGGGGCGCAAAUCCUACUCUUCCCACGAAGCUUGAUCACACUCCCCUAGAGAUAGCCACGACUGCUGGAAGACUAGCUGUGGCUGAAUGCCUCAUCUCCCAUGUGAAGGACCUACCACGCACUGCCGAGGUUGCUAGUCUUGGAAGGGCAUUGUGCGCCGCUGCACGUAGCAGACAGGUCGACAUCAUGAAGAUGUUGCUCCGCAAUGGUGCACCUGUCAACUACAUACAUCGCCGACAACUUGAGACAGCCCUCAUCAAUGCUAUCCGGGCUGGAGACGACGAACUUACCCGCUUACUGCUCGACCACGGUGCGGAC